AUGUUUGUAUUAUGAUACAAACACUGCUAGCACAGAUAGAACAACGAGUUAGUUAUAAAAAAUAUUUGCUGCUAAAAUGAGUUGAGGUUGCAACAUCGGGUCACAUGACCUCCAACUGGUUGGUUUUUGUGGUGCUGGCGCUCCGGUGUAUGGGAGUCAGAGAAUCUACUCCAGUCGGGCAUGGAUUACAAAGCCAGCCAUUUUGCAAAUACGUUUUUACCAUAAUAAUAGACAAUACCUGUUUUAAACAUGGGGCAGUGUGGUAUCACAUCAUCAAAGACGGUGCUGGUUUUUCUGAACUUAAUUUUUUGGGACGAAAGCCACUGCCUGCCCUGCAGUCUACCCCUUUGAACCUUUUAAAAUGCUACUUCUCAUACAAUACUAGCCUGGUAGCCACCAGACAGUGCACCACUAUCAAACAGGCAGCAGCAGGGAUUUUGUGCUAUGUUGGAGCCUACGUGUUCAUCACGUAUGAUGACUACGACCACUUCUUUGAAGAUGUGUACACCCUUAUCCCUGCUGUGACCAUAAUUGCAGUAGGAGGCCUCCUUUUCAUCAUCGGUCUUAUUGGAUGUUGUGCCACAAUACGAGAAAGCCGCUAUGGGCUUGCAGCGUUUGUCGUCCUUCUCCUGCUGGUGUUUGUGACGGAAGUGCUUGUGGUGGUUUUUGGUUAUAUUUACAGGUCAAAGGUUGAAGAUGAGGUCAAUCACUCCAUCCAGAAGGUGUACAAUGAGUACAAUGGCACCAACACAGAUGCUCCGAGCCGUGCCAUUGACUACGUGCAAAGACAGCUCCACUGUUGUGGGAUUCACAAUUACUCCGACUGGAGGAACACGCGCUGGUUUAAUGAGUCUCGAAACAACAGUAUACCAGUGAGCUGCUGCAAACCUAACGCCAGAAACUGUACAGGCUCUCUAGCCCAUCCUGGAGACCUCUAUCCAGAGGGUUGUGAAGCCCUUGUUGUGAAGAAACUAAAGGAGAUUAUUAUGUAUGUCAUCUGGGCAGCACUCACGUUCGCUGCAAUUCAGGUAUUUGGGAUGCUGUGUGCCUUUGUUGUGCUGUGCCGGAGGAGCCGUGACCCUGCCUAUGAACUUCUCAUGACGGGGGGAACCUACGCAUAAGAAGGACCCUACACUCUCACACCACACACACCUAGGCUCGUGGCUUUGUCAGUGGAGAGUGGUUCACUGGCUUGCCCAAGUUCAGGUAUCUACUGUAAGCUGAAAAGCUCCUCACAGUGGCUCAUACUCCACAAUGGUGAAGUGGUGAAAAACCUAUUUAUUUACAUGCUAUGUAAGUUGAUGUUUUGUUUUAGGUGUCUUAUUAAAAACGCUACAAGCCAAAUUCUAAAAUGGCUAUUUAAACACGUUUUUUGUUUGUUUAAUUUGUUGCUCUGACUACUUACCCCUUUGUUGUUUGAGGUAGACAAGGAUGUGAAUGAUGGACCUACUGUAUGGAAUAUGUGGACUGAAUACUUUCCUCAUGUCUGUUUGCACUGUGUAUGGCCUUGGAAUAUUUUAUAACUAUUUAAAUCUAUCAUGUAAAUAACUGAGUUGAAGAUUCCCUUGUAUGAGGUUGCCUUGUGCUACUGCUUUGUUUGUGUCCAGAUCUCACCCUUCACCAGCACCAUUCUGUUUCUGAUAAGCAGUAGAACUAUAGACCGUAGAUUAAUUACAGGCACUGGAUCGACCCACCAGGAAUGAGCAGUAACCAAAGUGCAGUCAAUUAACUGAUUUGCUUUGUAAGAAUGUGGGCAUUUGAUUCAGUGCAUAAAACAGGCUUAUUUAGGAAUAAUCCACAUGUACUGUUACUGAGCUUUUGUUGUACUUUGUGUGGAGUUGAGCACACUAUGUAGGCCUAGUUUUCAAAUAGAUUUUAGCCAUGUACAGAAACGUAAACCAGAGAUGAAUGUAAAUAGAAUGGGGUAAAACUAACAAGGAAAUAAACGGUAUAUUCCAUCCAGAA